UUACUCUCACUCUCACAUUAUUUCUAGGAUCCCUUUUUUUCAUUUCACUUCACUUCAUCCAUCUUUCAGCUAUGAACGCUCUAGCAGCCACCAACCGUAACUUCCGACGUGCAGCUCACAUUCUCGGUUUGGACACUAAGCUUGAGAAUAGCCUUCUCAUUCCCUUCAGGGAAAUCAAAGUUGAAUGCACGAUCCCAAAAGAUGACGGAACACUAGUAUCAUAUGUAGGAUUCAGAAUUCAACAUGACAAUGCUCGUGGACCGAUGAAAGGAGGGAUUCGUUAUCACCCGGAGGUUGACCCUGAUGAAGUGAAUGCUCUAGCUCAGCUAAUGACAUGGAAGACAGCCGUAGCAGACAUUCCUUAUGGAGGAGCAAAGGGUGGAAUUGGCUGCAACCCGAGGGACCUCAGCGUCAGCGAGUUAGAACGUCUAACUCGCGUUUUCACCCAAAAGAUUCAUGAUCUCAUUGGUAUUCAGAGAGAUGUUCCUGCCCCUGACAUGGGAACUAAUUCACAGACAAUGGCUUGGAUUCUUGAUGAGUAUUCUAAGUUUCAUGGACAUUCACCAGCAGUUGUGACUGGGAAACCUAUAGAUCUUGGAGGUUCAUUGGGAAGAGAGGCUGCCACAGGAUUGGGAGUGAUUUUUGCAACAGAGGCUUUAUUUGCUGAAUACGGGAAAUCAAUUUCUGAUAUGACAUUUGUAAUCCAGGGAUUUGGAAACGUGGGCACUUGGGCUGCUAAGUCAAUUUAUGAGAGAGGGGGUAAGGUGAUAGCUGUGAGUGACAUCAGUGGUGCUAUUAGAAACCCAAAUGGAAUCGAUAUACCUGCUCUGCUGAAACACAAGGAAGGCAAUGGAAAUUUGAAGGAAUUCUCAGGAGCAGAUAUCAUGGAUCCUGAUGAAUUGCUUGUUCAUGAAUGUGAUGUUCUCAUCCCUUGUGCCUUGGGAGGAGUUCUCAACAAGGAAAAUGCUGCUGAUGUGAAAGCGAAAUUUAUAAUAGAAGCUGCAAAUCAUCCAACUGACCCUGAUGCUGAUGAGAUAUUGUCUAAGAAAGGAGUCAUCAUAUUACCCGACAUAUAUGCUAAUGCCGGUGGAGUGACUGUGAGCUACUUUGAGUGGGUUCAGAAUAUUCAGGGAUUUAUGUGGGAUGAAGAGAAAGUGAACCGUGAGCUGAAAAAGUAUAUGACUAAAGCCUUCCGCAACAUAAAGGCAAUGUGUCAAAUUCAUAACUGUGACUUGCGAAUGGGAGCCUUCAGUCUCGGAGUGAACCGUGUUGCUCGAGCUACACUUCUCAGGGGUUGGGAAGCUUAAUAGAACACAUGCAUCACCGCUUGCUAAACAAGUUUUCUAGCUUAGUAUUAUGUUGUUGCCCUUUCUCCAGUAUGCUCCUUUUUUUCCGUUUGUUAUUUGAUCGGUUUAGUUUAAUUUAGUUUAGUAAUUGAGUAUCAUUGUUGCCUAAGAACCACAUGUGAAGUUACAGGUGGAUGUGUUUCUUUAUCCAAGAACCCAAAUUUUCUGCAAUUCGAUCAUGACAUCUUAGUUAUAGCUUCACUGGCUAUUGAUGAAGCUAUAGAAAGCAACAAAUUUUAUG